AUGUAUGAGUCAGUUUUUUAGAUUAAAAAAUAUUAAGUUAAUUUUUCAAAAAAAAAAAAUAAAUAUUUGUAAAAUUUACUAAAAAAAGCAUAAAUGAAUUAGAAUAAACCUUACCAAAAAGUGGUAAAAAGAGCUAGCUAGGAAUAAUAUUAAAUGACGUUCAAGAAUUUAAAAGAUCUUGCUCCUACAGGAAUCUUAGAUUUCUAAUUCUUUUAAAAGGCUGAAAAAGAUGGACAAAUUAGUGUUUAAUAUAAUCAGAUAAAUCAAUUAUUCUAAAAUAUAGAAAAUGCCAAAAAAUUUUAGCAAAACCCUUAAGAUUAUUAACCUAAUCAAUAUUAAGAAGAUAGUAAUUCUAAAUUAAAACUUUCUGAUUUGAAACAUAGAAUUAGUGUAUUAAAUCCAAGCUAUCCUGUUAAUGACUUAAAUACUUUGUUUUAAGGGAGAUAAGAUAUUACAGCUAAGGAUAUGUUCGAAUUAUUAAAAGAUAAUGAAAUGCUGGAAGAUUUUGACCCUGUUUAAGAAGCCUUAAACUAAUUUAUAAAUCCUAAUGGUGAAAUAGAUUUAGAAAAAGUGUCUGCUACAAUGUCUCAAUUAGGUUAUGGGGAAUUAGAUAAAAAAGACAAAGAAAUUUUAAAAGAGUGCUUAGAUAUAGAUAAAGAUAACAAAAUUACUGAUAAAGAUUUUAAGGAAGUUGCUUCUUAUAUAAAUAAAAAAAAGUAUUUGAGUUGA